UUUGGAUUGCUAAGUUAUAUUGAAGAAAUAGUGGUAACUUCAUGUAGCAGUUUGAAUAGCAAUGUAUUUGCAAUUAGACAGUUCGUAAAAUAUUGUCGCGCUCAAAAUGCUUAUUGGAAUUGUGCGUAAAAUUAUUAAAUGAUAAUUAAUAUAAAUAUAGGAUUACUAGGCCAUGUGGAUUCAGGUAAAACCACAUUGGCACGCGCCUUGAGCACCAUUGCAAGUACUGCUGCGUUUGAUAAAAAUCCACAAUCACAAGAGCGCGGUAUCACAUUGGACUUGGGUUUCAGCGCUGUGGUGGUAGAUGCACCGGCAAGAUGGAAAACAUUUGCACCGGAUGUCGAUAAAGUGCAGUUCACUUUUGUAGAUUGCCCUGGACAUGCUAGUCUUAUACGUACUAUAAUUGGCGGUGCACAAAUUAUUGAUUUGAUGUUGUUGGUCAUUGAUGCACAGAAGGGAAUACAAACACAAACAGCCGAGUGUAUAGUUAUUGGCGAGUUAUUAAAGCGAAAGUUAAUUAUGGUUGUAAACAAAAUAGAUUUGUUGGUGGAAAAAACACGCUUUGUGCAGUUGCAAAAACUGAAUACAAAACUGCGAAAAACUUUGGAGCAGACAACAUUUGAUGCUGACAGUAACAUCUACAAUGUAUCGGCGCUGGAGAAAACCAAUAUUGAGGUUCUACUGGAAGGAAUUCUCUCGCAAAUAGAGUUCCCUAAGCGGCACACAGAUGCUCCUUUAGUCAUGUACACGGAUCAUUGUUUUUCUAUCAAGGGCCAGGGCACUAUUUGCACCGGCACGAUUGUACAAGGUAGCAUUACAGUGAAUGACCUAAUCGAAAUACCUGUUAUUAAGGAGCAACGCAAAGUAAAGUCAAUCCAAAUGUUCCACCGACCAGUACAAUCAGCGUCAAUGGGUGAUCGUGUGGGAAUUUGUGUGCCACAAUUCAAUGCAAAGAUGUUGGAACGCGGAGUAUUAACAACGCCAGGGUAUUUGCACAAUAUUUAUGCGGCAUGCAUACGGUUACAACGUAUAAGAUUCUACAAAUUUGCAAUACGUUCCAAAAGUAAAUUGCAUGUAACCAUUGGUCACGAUACGGUUAUGGCAAAUAUUACCUUAUUUAGAAGUGCAAAUGACACAGCAAAUGAAAUUUUCGACAUAAAUAAAGAAUAUGAAUUCGUUGAAGAACUCGAACCCGCCUCAAGUGUGCAAACCGAAGAUUCGACAUUUGCUUUAUUGGAAUUUCAAACACCCAUACUUGCGGACACCAACUCCACAUUAAUUGCGGCUAAAUUAGACUUGGAUGCGCAAAGUAAUUGCUGUCGUUUGGCCUUUUGGGGACGCAUGCAGUGGUACACACAUGCCAAUAACUACACCUUGGAUGUGCUACCGAAAUUCAAAGUAUUCAAACGUAAAACAAAGCAAGGCUUUAUACAACGACUUGUAAAUGAGCAUGAAGCGAUUGUUGAAAAUCUAUUCUCUAAACAAGGUAAUCGUGAAAUCUAUGUAGGCAAGCAAGUGGAACUGUCUACCGGUGAAAUAGGUGUUAUCGAAAGUACUUUUGGUCAAAAGUCGAAAGUAAAAGUGCGUUUCAAUAAUGGUCUUACAGCGGACACGCUGAACGAGCUAAAAGGUGGUCGUUUUAGUAAUGUAAAAGUCAUGCUCAACUAUAAAAAAUAUAUUUUCAACAAGCAGCUAACCCUGGUGCAAUAAAGAAAAACAUAUUUGGUGAGUUUUAUUUAA